GGUGUUACGACUUCGACACAAACCUGCACGACGACGGCAAAGAUGCAGUUCGAUGUCGGCAAGACCAGCCUAGGCAGCGGGCUCGCCAUGGGAGCAGUCCUGGGCAUGUUCUGGAUGAGAGUGGUGAUCGGCUUCAGCUACUUGGAGGCGUCGUUCUACUUGAUCUUCCCGCUCUCGCUGACGGUCGUCGUGUUGACCGAGGAGCGGUCGCUAGGAUCUGUCGUCGAUGCCUUGUUAUGCAAGGUCAGCUCACUUGUGUGGAUGGCCAUGCACGCUGACACUCCUGCGACCGUUGCAUCACAUGACGACCACGACAGCGACGACCAUGCCAAUCUCCUUCCCCGUCCAUCCGACCCACUGCUUGACAUGCACUUCAAGGCGUCCAACACGUCUGAUCUCAUCACGAGCGCCAACAGCUCGCUGUUCAAUGGUCUUCAGGACGACCUGAUCGACCACCCCGUGGACCCGACCGGCGGCCCCGUCUACCUCCAGGAUACGGCCACUGGUUUCUUCUUGAAGUACGUCGAUGGAAAGGUCAAAAUGACGAGCUCUCCCGACGACUCGUGCUUGUUCGAAUGGGUCCAAGGCAAGACCCACCACUGGGGCCUCUUGUCGACAGCCUGCACGCGAUUCGUUGGCCAGAACAUGCUAUCUCAGAUUGUCGUGUCGGCUCGCAAAAUGCAAAACUGGGAAGCUUUCCGUGUGCUUCAAAAUGCGUCGCUGCCACCUACGUCUGGGCAGUAUGGCUUAUCCAGCUCCAUCUACCUCGUGCUAUGUUCAGCUCGUUUUGGCAAAGGCAUGUGGGUCUCCUCCCGAGGCCGCGACGACGACAAGUUGGUUGUGGGGCUGGCCAAGCAAUUCCCCGUGGCCCUGUGCCUACGUUAUGCCACGUCACUUGACGUAUUCCAGUCUGCCGCCCUGCCUUGUUCUCCGCUAUCUGAAGCCCCUCGUCCAAGUAUGGGGGCUUCCCCCCACGACCAAGACAUCCCUACCUCCUUCCAUCAAGCGGCCACGCGCACGUCCAUCCUCCACCAUCAACUGCUUCCAUCAACGGUCACCACCGUCGCGGCAUUCGCCGACGCGUACGACGCCCUGCUGCCGGCCCACACCGACCACCCAUGGCAAGUCCAUGCGCUUCACGGCAACGUGCGCAGCAUCAGCUACCCCACCGCCCUCUCCGACGCUCCGCCGACUCUGCCGCCUCGGUCCCCCGCAAACAACGUCCUAGUCGUGCACGAGUUUCACCACUACGAGUGCAACGUCGAGGCCACCGAGGUCACGUUCGAAACAAAAUUGACCCUCGGGGACACGCUCGUGCCUUCGUUUAGUGUCGAAUUGAUUUACACGUUGAAGCAGCAGCAGCAGUCUCCCCCCCUUUCCCUUCCCCCGUCCACCAUUUCAUCCAGUGGUCGACUGUCUUCUUCUACGGCGAUGAUGCUGGACUGCCACGUGGGCGUCCAUUGGGCCAAGCCGUGCAUGUUUGAAGGGUACGUCCAUCUGAGCGCGGUUCGCGCGGCCACGGCGCACGCGCGGCACCUCGUGGCGCAGCUGACGAACGGACCAAGAACCUCGUCUUCCUGGACGUCGAGCUUUGGGGCUUUGCUGGUGCAGGAGCUCCACCAGUGCUUUGCCGCCCCCAGCCACGUCCUUGUCGGCCUCGGCGGCGCCUUUUUCGAGGGCCCGCUGACCCCCGUGUACUCGACGACGUGGCCAAUCACGCCCGCCGACUUUCAUGCGCGGAUGCUCACAGACGCCGCGUGGUUCUUUCGGCAGCGAGACCCGGCGACCGUGCCGGCUGCGCUCGACAUGAGUCCGUGGGCCCCGUGCGCGGGCGGACACAUUCGAGUGCAGCGGUUCAUGGUUGCGGUGGCGGGUCGACAAGAGCUGGUGGAGGAGUACCAGACGUACGCGACGCCAGAGCCGAAUACGCUGCAAAUUGGACGCAAGAUCACGUUGCCUCGGACAAAACCAUGGACGGUAACCGUGAUAGGGAUAUGGGGGGGGCUUACAAUGAUGCUUUGGUGGUUGUUGGUUGCCGUGUUUUAGAUGGACAUUCGAUGGGACUUUGAGCUGCAAGACGAGAUGGUGUCGACCGUGGCAUGUGCCGUGGCGUUCCACUGGGCGUUGCCCCGACCUGCGCGGGCCUCCGACAUCGAGAAGCACGUGAUUGCAGUGAUGCUGGCCUCCAUCGAGAGAUUCCAUGUCCUCAUCACUAGCCAGGAAGAGAUGGAGAACAUGCCGUGGCCUGAUCAACUCACGACACCGCUGGUUGAAGCCCUUGUCGGAUAAGAGGACUAAACACGUCCAUAAUGUCUCACCGCGACGAAAUAUACUAACUUCUCGUAACACAAUAUAUAACCAUAGUAUUCCCA